ACUUGCUAAACUAAGCGCCGAUGAUCCUACGAAAUGGUACCGUCGUGUAUCAAAUGUACAGCGUUGUUUGAACGGAACUUAUCAACGUAGCAUUGGAAUGACGCCGUUUGAAUUGAUGUUCGGAGUAAAGAUGAGAGAUAAAGAUGAUGGAAUAUUAAAAUUGAUUGAAGAAGAAAUUAUUCAAGAAGUAAACGACAAGAGGCAAGAAUUAAGGGAGAAAGCUAAAGAGUCUAUAAGGAAAAUACAAGAAGAGAAUGUGAAGUACUACAAUCGGAAGAGAAAAGAGGCUUUUUCUUAUGAUAUUGGAGAUUUAGUAGCGAUCAAGAAGACACAGUUCUCGCAAGGGAGUAAACUGUACCCUAAGUUUCUAGGACCCUACGAAGUCACCGAAAAGAAACGUAACGACAGAUACGUACUAAAUAAAAUAGGAACGGCGGAAGGCCCUAUUAAGACAACUAGUUCUGCAGAUUACAUGAAGCCUUGGGUCUCCUCGGAAGAUAGUAUUUCAUCUGGGACAGAUGAAUAGUCAGGACGGCCGUGUGGGUUGUGAACGUUUUUUAUUUAAAUUGUUUCGUUAUUUUAAGUUAUUGUUAGGACUGGCACUUUUUAUUUUAGAAGAGUAAAUUGAUGUAAAAUGUCAAAGAAAAAGGAUUAGACAUUGAAGUUUGGAAGAUGAAAAAACCUAUUAAAGAAACUGAAGGAAAUAUUUGUUUUACUAUAUCCAACUGAGUAAUCCCAC